ACAAUGUCAGUGCAAUGGGGAGUAGUCCUAAUGAGCUUUCUUCUAUUUAGUACCGCCCAGGCUGGAAUAUAUUGUGGACCAAACAAGAUAUAUGCGUGCGUGCCUACGCAAUUUUGUAGCGAUGGUCGCAGCUUGCCAAGAAAUCCCGCUGCCCAAUUCAACUGGCAUUGCCACCGGCUUGAGUCUUGUUGUGACCAAAAUAGGGUAAUUUAUGGAAUGCGAUACAAUGCAGGAGAGUUUGAGGCCAGUCCAUAUGAACAAAUCAACGAGCCAUCCAGCAAUGCAGGUGUAAAAAAUACUGCCACAAACAGUCAGCCAACUGGUAACGCGGGUGGCAAUACCUUGGUGCCAAAAAAACAGGGUGGAUUCUCUAUGACGAACAAUCAAAAUUCGAAUAUUGGGGCAGGUCAAACUUCCACAAUAAAUAGUCAAAGUCAUUCGAUAGAUAGUAAGCCAUUCAAUCCGGCACCCAGCGGUUCGGACAGAAAGUCUUAUACACGCUAUACAAAUAAACAUGCUCAUAAUAUCCUUAACAAUAGUUCGGGAAAAACCAACUUAGGAAACCGAUAUGCGGAUAAUACUAAAAAAAAUCUUCAACAGCAUAUUAAUUAUCAAAUUCAUGCUCAUAAUAAUCUUAACAAUAAUUCGUCGGAGAAUCCCGAGCCGGUGGAUACGCCAUGGAAUUUUUGGGGAACGAUGCUUUACGGCAACCGGAAUGGCUAA